AAUUACUGAGUGCACACAGAAAUAUGGCGGCCAACUUGGAGCAAAUUUUCCAAGAUUUUAUUUUGAAUAAAAUAAGAGAAAUUGAGGACCAGAAUGAAGACAAAACGGCUGCUGAAGGAGCGGUCGACAGCAGUGAAACAGUCGCAGCAGAGAAAGCGACGUCAGAGGGAGAUAAAGGGGAUGAACUAAAAUGCAGCAGUUCACACAAAAAACACAAGAAGCACAAAAAGCACAAAAGCAAGAAGAAGAAGAGGAACAGAGAGAAGGAGAGCAGCUCCGAGUCGGGCGCAGAGAGGGACAACAAAACAAGAAGAAGAACUCCAACAGAUGGCGGUAAGGAGCGAGGUGAGGAGAGCGAGAGGAAGUCCAGGAGCCACAAACGUCACUCAGGAAAGAGGAAGAAGAAGAAGAGGAGGCGGAAAGACGAAGAGAACUCGUCUGAUUCAGACUCGGAGUCCAAGCAGAGGGAGAGUAAACGUGGUCAAAAAGCAUCACCUCGGAGAAGAGAGGAGCUGCCUGAUAUCAUCCCUAAACAGGACAGCUCCAGUAAAGGACGAGGAGACGAGGAGAGGAGGAGUAGUCGUCGUCGUUCUCGUUCUCGUUCCCGGUCACAUUCCCGUUCUCACUCACAUUCCCGCUCAGAGAGGAGGAAGUCUCGUUCUCCCUCCGGACUGAACCGACGAAGAUCUCGCUCUCGCUCUUUGUCGAGCUCAAAGCGACACAGAUCACGAUCCAGGUCCCCACUGAAGAAGGAAGCUUUAUAUGAAUCCAAACAGUCCACACACGAUCCUACAAAAGACCUCGAGCUGCCUCAGCCGACCUGCAGCUCUCCUCGAGGAAACAACAAACCAGAGGAGGGGGCGGAGUCGAGCACCGAGCUGCUGAGCUCGUUACAGAGUCAGCCGGCUGCGGAGAAAAAAGAAGAGAGAGAGGACGAGACAACACAAGAACAAGGCUCUGCUGCAUCCCAGUCCAUGCUGACCCAGAUCGUAUCGACUGAACCUGAGCAGACUUCCGAGCCCCGCUCCCCUCAGAACAAAACAACCGAAUGCAGAGCUGCAGCUAAAUCACCAGAGAAGAAGAAGAGGAAACCGUCAAAGUCCCCUCAGAAGAAAAAGGAAUCAAAGUCGUCAAAGAAGCAGAAAAAAUCCAAGUCGCCGAGUCGGAGCCACAGGAGAGGAUCCAGAUCGAGGAGUCCGUCAAAGAAGAGGAGAUCACGGUCCAGGUCAGGGGGUCGGAGGUCUCGGAGAUCUCGCUCUCGGUCGGCGUCUCGAGGUCAGAGGAGGACGGCGUACAGCCAGAGGGACCGCUGGAAACGAGAGCCGAGUCACUCCCCUGUACUCAUCCUCAGAAAAAAUAGAUCCCCCAACAGGAAACACUGCAGCACAAGCGACAGCCCGCACCGCGUCAGCGAUCUGGAUAAGGAGCAGUUGUUGGAGAUUGCCAAGGCCAACGCGGCCGCCAUGUGUGCCAAAGCAGGCAUGCCGAUCCCCGCCAGCCUGAGGUCCAGCAUGCUGCCUCUGGCUCUGCCCAACAUGGCCAUGAACGCUGCGAUGGCCAGCAUGACCGCUGCCACCAUGACAGCUGCUUUGUCUAACAUGGGCGCUCUGUCCUCCCUCCUCCCGCUGCCCUCCAUCACCAACAAACCUCCCCCCGCCCCGUCCCAGACCAACAUGUCCGCUCUGGAGGAAGUCAAACGCAAAGUGGCCAAGCAGGCCAACAGCAUCAGCAUCAAGGAGUUCACUGAUAAAUGUAAGAUGAUCGUGGACAGCAAAGGAGAGCUCCCGGUGGCGUUGCCUCAUGUCUCAGACGAAGAGGAUGAUGGGAAACCGUUUGGAGCAUCGGCUCUACGGGAACAAAAAGCUAUCAGCUUCAGCAUCAAUAACACGACAGUUCGUCCGGCCGCUGGAGCGAGAAGUGACGCCGGGAUGGCUAAAGAGUUUCCUGUGUCGUCGGGAUGCCAACAUCGGAAAAAGGAGGGGGAGACACUGGGUGCGUACGGCGAGUGGGUUCCUGUGGAUAAAACUGCAGAGAAAGCUGCUGCGGCCUCCAGGAAGGCGAUGACCGCUGUUUCCAUAGCAACGGCCACUUCAUCACCGGGAGAAACGGGGACAGGGUUACCAGAGGUCGAGGAGCAGCAGCCGGCGCCUGCAUCUGACAACGACAGCGUUUUCCCCGACCCGCAAGUGCAGCCGGUGGAUAUUUCUCAGGCUGUAACUGAGAGGAUCAAAGCCCAGAGACGAUUGGCUGAGAACCCGUAUGAUGUCAACGCCAUCUGCAUGCUCAGCCGAGCCCAAGAGCAGGUGGACGCGUGGGCUCAGUCCAACACUGUUCCCGGUCUCUUCACGGGUUCCACUGGAGCUCAGGUCCUCACCUCAGAGGAGCUGUCCAACAGCGGGCCUCAGGCCUGGCUCAAGAAGGAUCAGUUCCUCAGAGCUGCUCCAGUAUCCGGAGGAGUCGGGGAGUUCCUGAUGAGGAAGAUGGGCUGGAGGACCGGAGAAGGUCUCGGGAGGAACCGGGAGGGCACCGUGGAGCCGAUCAUCAUCGACUUCAAGGUCGACCGCAAAGGACUGGUUGCUGAAGGGGAGAAGCCUCAGAAGCAGACGGGAGGACUGGUGGUGACCAAGGAUCUAAUGGGGAAGCACCCGGUGUCCGCCCUCAUCGAGUUGUGUAACAAGAGGCGGAUCAUGCAGCCGGACUUCGUCAUGGUUCAUCACAGCGGACCGGAUCACCGCAAAAACUUCCUCUUCAAGGUCACGGUGAACGGCGUGGACUAUCAGCCUCAGACAGCCAGUCCCAACAAGAAACACGCCAAGGCCAUGGCUGCUACCGUCGCCCUGCAGGCUCUUGGAGAGGUUCCUGUCGAUGGACCCGGACUUUACACAGGCCCUGUUUUCACUGCUGCUUCUACUGGACCUUUAUUUUCUACAUAAACCACCGAGUGACUGACGGAUUCUCUGAACACGAGUUCAGCUGUUUGACUUUUUUCUCGCUGAAGACUCUUGACAGAAACGAGUUCAAUAAGCAGUCAAGUUUACACGCAGUAUCCUGAAAGUACAGAUUUUAUACUCACAGAAUCACGUUGAGUUUUUACCUCCAUGACAGGUCGUGGGGGGUUGUGGUGACUGGGAAAGAGUCUCCACCAUGUGAACGCUUGAUGGCAUGUUUGUAAGUAUGUAUGUAUGUAAGAUAUGGUAGCAUUUAUUCUGAGCUCUAUCAGUGUCUCUGCGCUGGAUGUGUUUAUUCUGACGUUACAUUUGUGGCCUCGUUUUAACAAAGUGUUUCUCGUAAAAAGAGGCCGCUCGACUUUAUGGAACUAACCUCAUUAACAUGUGUACACAGAAAUAAAGAUUUUAUUUAUGUUAUGUAAAAUAGAAAAACACA